CUGACCACUGACCAAGUUUAGUCUUAUUUUGACUUGUAACCUGCCGUGGUGGAAAUUUGACAAAGAUGACGACUACCUGGCCCAAUACAACCAUAGGCAACACAUCCGCGACGACUACCAGUUACCAUGGUAACAAUGCUGAAUCUGCCCGUAUCGCCUCUCUUCACGCGAAGUACAUUACGAUUUCCGUUUCCGGUAUCUUUUCAAAUGUCAUUCUCGUACUUCUUAUUUUCCUGUCGAAGACACUUCGGACCACACCGUUAUUCUGGAACAUCCUGAACCUGUGUGUGUACGACAGUGUUACGGUGAUGUUUGUUAUUCCAUUCGGCCUGGACUACGAGCUGGACUGGUCGUGGAGUUACGAUGAGUGGACAUGUAAGAUGUGGUAUGCCGCCGAUUUCUGGCACAUGUUGAUGGCUGGAACUGUGAUUUUCUGUAUUUGUAUAGACAGGAUUGUUGCCGUUCUUCAAACAUUUAUUUCGAUAAAAGUAAAACUACUACGAUUUAUUUCUAUAUUCCUUGUGACACUGCCGUGGGUUUUCCUUGUGGCUGUGUGUAUCCCCUUGCUGGUAGUGUUUGAACAUCCCGAAAGUAAGCUGCCUUCAACAAUGUGUUUUUUCCAGUUCCAUGAUAGACACAUGAUGACAGUAGCAUUUAUAUCUUUGGCAUUACCAAAUAUCCUCUUGAUUAUCGCAUGUAAUCUCAUGUUAUUCGUGUACGUCCUAAGGGGAGGUAACUGGAACAAGAUAUCAUCGAACCGCGAAGACACAGAAGAAAUUCGUCUUAAGAUGUCAAUCACCGCCGUUUGGGUAGUUGUUGCCGUAAGCUUGCUGUGUUGGUUACCGGUCACAUUCCUUGCAUUCUUCAGUGUAUUAUUCCGGUCAAAAUGCAAGGGUUUCACGUGGGAUGAUUUUACGGAUGUGUAUCUCUUACAGGUGAUGACCUCCUCAAUCACGCCAUUUCUGUGGAUCAUCCUGCCGGAAGUACGUCACGAGUUGGCGGUAUGGCGCCGUUUUAUAUCAGGAGUUCUGCGUUUUAGAAAUAAACCUAACGACAGUCUUGUUCCUUCGUAUCAAACAGAGACAGAUGACAAUGAAACAGAAAUUCAGGAUAACACAAUCUAGUUCAAAACAUAAUAGAAAAACCAAAACAAUAUUGUAUCUUUGACAUCUUACCACAUCUCAAACUUUGGCCAUUCCAUAUUUUUCAAAGCAAUCAACAGUUUAUUCAAUUAGUAAUGCGACAUGAAUAUAUAAGGAAAGCUUUACAUAAAUCCUCUACUUUAAGUUAUUAGUUGUAUAAUUUGUUCAAAUAUUAUAUUGUACAUAUAUUUAAUCAUAAGGGAGCUGAUGAGGAGUAGCCUCCUAUCGACAUGUCGGAUGCUGAUUCGAAACACAGAAACAGGUUCUGAUCAUUUGUAAUAAUGUCGCAUAAGAGAACAGCGUAAUUUCAAUGACAUGCUAUAAAUAUUUCCCUCGCCUACGGCAUCUACAAAUGUACAUGUCUCAGCGGGUCCGAUACACGGUAUUCAUGUUGGGUGUCGCCGAUGAACGCUUGAUGUCGCCGAUGAACGCUUGGUGUCGCCGAUGAACGCGUGGUGUGGACGAUGAACGCGUGGUGUCGCCGAUGAACGCUUGGUGUGGACGAUGAACGUCGCCGAUGAACGCUUGGUGUCGCUGAUGAACGCGUGGUGUCGCCGAUGAACGCUUGGUGUCGCCGAUGAACGCUUGGUGUCGCCGAUGAACAAUUGGUCUUUUUUUCAAAUGUCUUAGUUGUAUUCUUCACUUUAUAAUUAUUUUUCCAUUUAUAAGUAUUUUGAAUAAGAGUUAGGCCACCG